CGAGCUUGCGAACCUGGAUCCAAUCUCGGACAUAUAAGCCGUGACAGCACGCUUGCAGAAGCACUCUCCCAUACAGAAUAUAUCCAAUGGUUGUUCAUAACCCCAAUAAUUGGCACUGGGUGGACAAAAACUGCCUUCCAUGGGCCAAGCUGUAUAUGGACAAUAAUGUCAAAGACACUACUUUUGAAGACAACACCUUCAAAUUUGUGUUGAAAAGUGUGGACUCGGUUUUAGGUGACUGUGAUGUCACGCAGAGAAAAGGAAAGGUAUUGUGCAUUUACGAUAUGAAGCUUCUGUUUUCGAUUGAGGGUAAAAAGAAGGAUGAAGAGAAAGAUUUGCUGGGGACCAUUACAAUCGAUGAGUUUGUUCACGAUCAAGAUGAAGACGAGUACUUUUUUGGAGUCACAUCUGAUCAUUCCCUGGACAUAAAACGUUUCUUCUUGCCGGUUCUUCGAACGAAACUCAUGAAAUUUCAGCUGGAUUUAAUCCUGGCACACGGACGAGACGUGCAAGACACCACGUUGUAGAGACUCAGGUGAGAUAUGUAGGCUCGCAUACAGAACCUUGAUCG